AUGCAACAGAUCGAGGUAGCGAAUAAAGCGACCCGGAGAGCCCACGCUUUGCAUCAGAACGUAAUGGACGAUAUUCGACAGAACGAACAUAGCAGUCGACAGGCCAACAAGGAGAUGAUGGUAUUGAGAGACGAAUUACAGACGUGGAAGGAUGAAAUCAGCAACAUGGAGCAUGAGGUAAGCUGUUUGACUAGUGUGUUCAUGUGCCGGUCAUUAGCUAAAGGUAAAGCAGAAGAUUUCUAUGAAUUAAAGGGUGAAUCAAUCACUUGA